UCAGAGGUUUCUCUCUGAAAGUGGACUCAGUUUGACUCUGGACCACUUGCUGCAUUGAGUAUAGCGGUGAGAGGUCAGCAGACAUCUUGUGGACAUGGACAGGCCUGUCUGUCUGAUUGAGAACACAAGCGCUGGUGAACUGCAGGUGAACCAGGAAUCCCUGGACAUUCUGAGGUCAAUCAGGCAGCCUGUGGUGGUGGUGUCCAUCGUAGGCUUGUACCGCACGGGCAAGUCUUACCUGAUGAACAGGCUGGCUGGGAAGACCACAGGGUUCCCCUUGGGCUCCACUGUCCAGUCUGAGACAAAGGGCAUUUGGAUGUGGUGUGUGCCACACCCUCACAGAGAUGACCAAACUCUGGUCCUGCUGGACACUGAGGGUCUAGGGGAUGUGGAAAAGGGGGAUCAGAACAAUGACACCUGGAUCUUUUCCCUGGCUGUCCUCCUGAGCAGCACAUUGGUCUACAACAGCAUGGGCACCAUCAACAAUGAAACUGUGAUGAGCCUGCACUAUGUGACAGAGCUGACCGAGCACAUCAAGGUGAAGUCCACCGAGGAGGAGACGGAAGAGACGUCUUCCGACUACGUCCGCUUCUUCCCCACCUUCAUCUGGGCUGUGAGGGACUUCACUCUGGAACUGGAGAUCAACGGAGAAGCAGUCACUGCGGACGAGUACCUGGAGAACUCCCUGAAGCCAAAAAAUGGUUCCUCUAGAGCGGUUGCCCUGAGUAACGAUGCCCGGGAGUGCAUCCGGAACUACUUCCCGGAGCGGAAGUGCUUUGUGUUCGACCAGCCCGGCUCCAAGGAGAAGCUGAAGCUUCUGGAUCAACUGGCAGAUUCUGAACUGGACCCGCAAUUUAUGAAGCAAACCUCUGAUUUCUGCAGCUACAUUUUCAGCUGUUCCAAAGUGAAGACCGUUAAAAGCGGGAUCACAGCCACCGGGAGCUUACUGGGGAACCUGGCGGUGACGUACGUGGACGCCAUUCGUAGCGGGAACGUCCCGUGUUUGGAGAACGCCGUGGCGGCGCUGUCUCAGAUCGAGAACUCGGUGGCGGUCGAGGAGUCUUUCGCCCUCUACAGGCAGCUGCUGGGAGAGCGGGUGAAACUGCACACCAAGACUCAGAAGGAGCUCUCCAGCGCUCACGACGGCUGCCUGAAGGAGGCGCUGCAGCUCUUCAUGAAGCGCUCCUUCAAGGACGAGGACCAGAAGUAUCAAGCAGCACUCAUGGAACGCGUGAAGAACGCGUACGAGGAGAAGUGUGCGGAGAACGAGGAGAUGUCGCGGAAUCACUGCGCAGCUCUCCUCCUCCAGCUGGAGCAAGGCAUGGACAUGGAUCCAGUGGAAGCCUACAUGAAGCCUGGGGGAUAUCAGGGGUUCAAGGGUCAACUGAACAAAUUAGUUAAAUUAUACAGACGCAAGCCGGCCAAAGGGGUGAAGGCAGAGGAAGCCUUGGCCAACUACCUAAGCGAGAAAAACCGACUGGGGAAAAUCAUUUUGACAACAGAUGAGAAAAUGUCAGAACAACAGAAGCAUCUUAAGGAGCAGAGAGCCCAGUUGGAGGAGGAGAAGCAGAGAGCAGCAGCAGCCCGAGAACAGCAGAUGGCUCUGGUGAUAAGAACGAAUGAUAUAGAAAGGGCUCGCCAGGAGAACGAGAGGCAACUGAUGGAGAGAAUGGAGAGGGACCGGGAAGAACUCCUGAAGCAAAACCGGGAACUGAGGAUGCUAUGUGUCCAACUGGCAGAAAGGCCCGCUAGGAUCAUCGAGCGUAUUGAGACACAUGAGCGCAUUGUGGAGAGAAAUACUUGUGUAUUGUCAUAGAGAACGGGACUGAAAAAGGCCGUGUCCUUUCCUGAGUGUUGAAGUAAGGUGGGAAAAAUGAGGAAUCAUGCAAACUGUACAGCCUAAUUGUACGCCUCAGAGCCAAAUUGUUGGACUUCUUUAUCUAUGAAGUGGAUUCAUUCCUUUUUAUUUUCCUGUUUUUAUGCACAUUUGCAGUACUUAAGUGGACCACAGAAACAUGCUGUUUUGUAAAGCUUCAGCAAAUGUAGACUUGUUUACCACCUACAAACUCUCCAUAAAGUGGAAUAUGCAAUUGUUUCCAUCAUUUAACUCAUUGAAAUAUCAUUUUCUGGCAUCAAAUGUAAAUUCUGAGGGUGGUAAAUGCUUGUAUAAUGCUGUUUUUUUCCCCUCAAUGAAUUUUUUUAAAAAUCUUGUGGAUUCUUCAUUAUUGUCAAAAAGAGAAUGUUAAAUUGUAGGGUUUGCCAUGUCAUGUCUGAGAAAUUACAUUUUUUUUAUUGCA